AUCAGGUUGACCGAGUUUGGUGGCAAUUGAGUAAAAAACCUAGGACUGGUAUAUCAAAUUCCAGAGCAUGCGUUUUUGACAAAACCCAGAAUAACCAACUUCCUGUUGGGAUUAGCUAAUGACAUAGAGUGCAAAAGUUGUUCAACUUGAUGAGUUCUAUAUGUGUACCGAGUUUCAUAUGUGUAAGUGCAAGUAUGUGUGCUACAUGACCCUUCAAAUUCCAGGGGGCGCUAUAGAGUCCCCUUGCCACGCCCGUAUACCAGUCUCUGCCCGGCCCUAAUGGCCGCAGAUUCCAAGGUGUGUGCCAAUUUUCAAGAGUUUUUGAGCAUGUUAAGGGCCCCAAACCCCCCCAAAACCUUGACAAAUAAUAAUAAGAAGAAGAAUAACAAAAAAUCCUAAGGAAAACAAUAGGGCCUUCGCCCUUUUAGGGCUCGGGCCCUAAUAAUAAAAAAUCCUAAGAAAAACAAUAGGGCUCUUGCCCUUUCAGGGCUCGUGCCCUAAUAAUAAUAAUAAUAAUAAUAAUAAUAAUAAACGGAGCAAUUCCAAGAGGGUCCUCGCACCACCGGUGCUCGGGCCCUAAUAAUAAUAAUAAUAAUAAUAAACGGAGCAAUUCCAAGAGGGUCCUCGCACCACCGGUGCUCGGGCCCUAAUAAACGGAGCAAUUCCAAUAGGGUCCUCGCACUGCAGUGCUCGGGCCCUAAUAAACAGAGCAAUUCCAAUAGGGUCCUCGCACUGCAGUGCUCGGGCCCUAAUAAUAAUAAUAAUAAACGGAGCAAUUCCAAGAGGGUCCUCGCACCACCGGUGCUCGGGCCCUAAUAAUAAACGGAGCAAUUCCAAUAGGGUCCUCACACCAUCGGUGCUCGGGCCCUAAUAAUAAACGGGGCAAUUCCAAUAGGGUCCUCACACCAUCGGUGCUCGGGCCCUAAUAAUAAUAAACAGAGCAAUUCCAAUAGGGUCCUCACACCAUCGGUGCUCGGGCCCUAAUAAUAAACGGAGCAAUUCCAAGAGGGUCCUCGCACCACCGGUGCUCGGGCCCUAAUAAACAGAGCAAUUCCAAUAGGGUCCUCGCACUGCAGUGCUCGGGCCCUAAAAAUAAUAAUAUUAUAUAAUAUUAUAAUAUUAAUAAUAUUAUAUAUACAUAUACAUAUAUAUAUAUUGAACACAUCACUGAAUUCUUCCUCCAGAGUACUCUUAGUCUUUGCUUAUAGCUUAUUUAGAUUAUGGAGAAGUUGUAUGCUUAUAGAGAAUUGGUGAGUUGUCACAAAAAAAACCUUUCUCUGUCCUCUUCUCAACUUCACAUUCUUUCUUUGUAGGGGCAUCACCAUUCCAGAGCAUGCCAUUCCUGCCUCAGGGUUAUGCUGUCCAUAGCCAUUUCACAACCCAGCCAGGAUUCAUGCCUAGUGCUAGUAUUCCCCUACAGAAACAGCUUGAACAUGCCAAUCAGCAGUCUGGCUUUACUGACUCAGCUGCUCUUAGACCCAUACAUCCACAGGCUUUACAUGUGAGUGCAAGUGGUCUGAUGCCUACUCCAUCCAUGGCUGUCCAGAUCCCUGCUGCCAAGGCUCCAUUCCAGAAUUCAUCUCAGCCCACAUCACGGCAUGCCUUCCUCCCUCACACUGGACAGAGAUUCUUCCACCAUGGAAAACCGCAUUAACUACUAAAAGUAUGACAAGGUGCCAGGCUACAGAAAACUCUUUUCUGAGACUCACCUUAGAAGAGAGCUGAAAACC